UUGGAGGAUGUUUAUGAGAACGAACCAAAACCAUGGUUUUCCAUGAGUGAAUUUAAAGAUCUACCCACUGAACCACGAAAUGCAGAAAAGGAAUUUGAUAAAAUUAUUCGCAACAUCUCAUAUCAUGCCUCUGCAGUUUUGCACCCAAUUGACAACAUUGGAAGAAUACUACAAAAUUCAAAACUCGAUGACAAUGAUACAGAAGCCAAAGCUGGCUAUGAAUUAUUGCAAAGAGAUAGGAAAGGUGUAUUUGGCGACAAACUCAAAGACCUGAUUAAAGAAGAAAAUACCAAGGCAAAAUUAUACAAUAAUGCCAAUAAGGAUUACUUUUCAGAAUGGGAUCAAAAACCCCCAAUAAAGAUCCAAAAACUAAAAAGUUCUACAAAUAUUCGUUUAGAUUUACAAGAAACCAAGACCGAAAUACAAGCCUUGUUAGAUGCACAAGCUAUUGAAAAA